GUGUUCUCACUGCUUUUGCAAUGGAAGACUCAAUUGAGUUGAUUCUUCAGGACUUCAGUGGGGUCUUUCCCACCAGCAGACCCCAUCCUGUGGUAUCGGCCUGCACAGGUGCCUUGCUCACAGGCAUGUACGGCUUAUGGAGCAUCUUCACCAUGCCCGGCUUCCGCAAAAUCCCAUGGAGCCUCAAGGUUCCAUAUUUGCCCUCCAGUAAAAACCAGGCACAGAAUGUGAUGAAGCUGCUUGAGGGGCGAAGAGGGCGCUUAGCAGAUCUGGGAGCAGGAGAUGGAAGAUUGGUAUUUGCUGCCUCUUCUGCUGGUUUUCAGUGCACGGGGUUUGAGAUCAACUCAAUUUUAGUGGCAUAUGCGAGGAGCAAAGCCCACUGGAGAGGAAUCCCUUCCAGCCAGGCAACCUUUGUUAAAAAGGACUUCUGGAAGACCGAUUUGUCUUCGUACGACAAUGUGACAGCUUUUCUUGCUCCCGGAGUGAUGGAGUUGCUGGGAGAGAAGCUACUGAAGGAGCUUCCACAGGAUGCGCUCGUCAUUUCUUGCCGUUUUCCUUUUCCAAACUGGCCCCAAAAAUCUGCGGAGGGCUCUGGACUUGACCAGACCUUUGCUUAUGAGAUCAGCUCUGUGCGCUCGCACUUGAGAUAUCCGACCAAGACGGAGAUGAAAUGAGUCAAAUGCUGCGCUAAAUCAUCCCUGUGCUGUUUUUUUUUUUUUUCUUUCUUAAAUGAAGAAUGCUGAACAAUAUAUUUCUGUAAAGUGUGUGAGACAGUGAACCUACUGAAGAAUGUCUGAAAUCAUUUCAAAUAAGAGGAGGUGCCUAUAGCUUUUGUUCAGUCUUUGCACUUUCACAACAAACUGAGCCUAUUUUACUCUGCUGAUUUGUGAGAAUAUUCAAUAUAAUUAACACUUUUAACUAGGUCCAAAAUUGUGUAUUUCAUACUGACAACACUGAUUAUAUAAUGGUUAUGAUAAUAAUACAUGUAAUUCAAAAGCACCUUUCAGGUCAAUGAAAUGACACUUAACAAUAAAAGACAACUGUGAAAAUGCAAUAAAAUUACAGAGGGUAUGAUUUGUUAAA